AUGCCUUCCGUCGUGACUGUUCGUUCCAUGCUCGGCAUCGAGCCUUCAGGCGCAUCGACGAGCGACAGUGUUCUCAUCAUCGUCGACGCCCAGAACGAAUACGCCGCUGGCCGUCUUCGGGUCGCCAACGUCGACCGGUCCCGAGCAGCCAACGCGUCGCUUCUCAAGAGAUACCGGGACGCCAAAGCACCAGUCGUCCAUGUGAUCCAUGCUGCUCCUGACGGAGCCCCUAUUUUCACGCCUGGAACCGACUUGGCUGCCGAAUUCGACGAGCUCAAGCCUGUCGAGGGCGAAUCGGUGGUAACCAAGAACUUUCCUGGCUCUUUCACCGGGACUGACUUGGAGGCCAUCUUGAAAGCGACAAAGCGCGAUAAGAUCGUAUUGACUGGGUACAUGGCCCACGUCUGCAUCUCAACUACAGCCCGACAGGGUCAUGAAAGGGGAUGGGAUGUUACUGUGGUGGAAGACUGUGUCGGGGAUCGAGACAUUCCUGGUGUCGAGGGCGACGAGUUGACGAGGACUGUUCUGUCCGAACUUUCCGACUUUUUCGCUACAGUCGUUCACAGUCGACAAAUCUUUUGA